UCUCCCCGAGGAGACGCGCUCCGCCGCACCUGUGGAUUUCCUGCAGCAGCUGCCCAGCUACCAGUCGGCGCUGAGGCGGCGGGCCGCCGCCGGGGGCACCCAGGAGCGGCGGACGGUCCCGCGGGGCUCCGCGGGGCUCCGCGCCGCGGAGGCCCGGGGGCCGGAGCAGGAGGGAGACGAGCUGGCUGCUCGCCCUGCGAGAGAACUCCCCUUGAGUAUGGCGGAGAAGAGGAGAUGGAGGGACUGUCAGCAGGCUGAUAUAAAAUAUUUAUCUGAGUGGAAGCAGUGGAAAAGAACUAGCAGUAAAUCAUUGAAAAAAGUUCUCAAUGAAGUCAAGGAGUUGUUGUCUUAUCUGGAGCUUUGGCGACAUGAUAUUCACAGCAUAGAAGGGAAAUUUGGCGCUGGAAUCCAGUCCUACUUCUCCUUCCUGCGUUUUCUGGUCCUGCUGAAUUUUAUAAUUUUUAUCCUGAUGUUCAGUGUUGUUACCCUUCCCAGCAUCAUUUCUAAAUAUGGACUAUUCAACAGUAGCUUUGCUAAAAUUCCUCCAAAGAACAUAGAGCCUCACUGCACAGUUUAUAAACCUAGUGAUAAUAAGGGACUUGUUUACUUCUAUACUUACCUCCAAGAUUUGUUCAGUGGCACUGGGUUCCUUAAAGAGACAAGUUUGUUUUAUGGCUAUUACACAAUAGAUACUGCACAGCUCAAUAUCCUGAGGUACAACUUGCCACUAGCAUAUCUGCUAGCUACAUUUGCCUACCUUGGAUUAAGUCUCCUCUGGAUAAUAAAAGGGUCUGUGGAAGGAUUUAAGCAGAACUUGGUGCGUGAUGAAGACCAGUUUCAGAGUUACUGUAACAAAGUCUUUGCAGGCUGGGACUUCUGCAUCACAGAUCCAAAUGCAGCACGGCUAAAACAUCGCAGCUUGCAAUAUGAGCUCCAAACAGACUUGGAGGAAGAAAGACUGAAGCAAAAAAUAGCUGACAGGACAAUGAAAGAAAAGCUACGCAUCUACUCUCUGAGAAUACUUAUAAAUAUAAUCGUCUUUGCAGUUUUAUCAGGAUGUUUUUACUCUAUUUAUAGAGCAACUGUCUUCUCUCAAGAAAACUCCAAUGACAUCAGCAAUACAAACUUCCAGGUUAAUCUCUUACUGCAGUAUUUGCCUUCCAUGGUGAUCACAUUGGCCAACUUCAUUGCUCCUCAGAUCUUCUCAUUUCUGAUCAGAUUUGAAGAUUAUUCACCAGCCUUUGAAAUCAGGCUGACGCUCAUGAGGUGUGUCUUCGUGCGCUUGGCUAAUAUUGGUGUUCUCUUGUUCUCGCUGUGGAGUCAGAUCUCCUACUGUGCCACUGAUGAGUGUAAGGCCUGUGGAUACAAUUACGAACUCUAUCCUUGCUGGGAAUCUGCAGUUGGGCAAGAAAUGUAUAAACUGAUGAUAUUUGAUUUUAUUAUAAUUCUUGCUGUGACUCUGUUUGUGGACUUUCCUAGAAAGUUCUUAGUUACUCAUUGCUCUUGCAAACCAGUUCAGUGGUGUGGAUUGCAGGAAUUUGGAAUUCCUGACAAUGUCCUGGAAAUUGUUUACGGGCAGACUAUCUGCUGGAUCGGAACCUUCUUUUCACCACUCCUCCCUGCAAUAGCAACUAUAAAAUAUUUCAUCAUCUUUUACAUUAAAAAGAUCAGUUUGAUACACACAUGUAAACCUGCGGCUAGGCCUGUCAGAGCAUCAAGUUCCAAUUUUUUCUUCUUGGUGGUGCUGUUGAUUGGGCUUGUCUUGGCUUUUAUUCCUUUGGGAAUCAGCAUAGCACAUAUCCCCUCCUCCAAGGCAUGUGGUCCAUUCAGGAGCUUUAACACUUCAUGGGCAGUUGUUCCAGAUACAAUACUUGGAUUUCCAACAGGUCUGCAGAAGGUCCUUCAUGGCAUAGCAUCAGAAGCCUUUGCAGUGCCUUUUUUUAUGGUCACUUGCCUCAUUAUGUUCUAUUUUAUUGCCUUGGCUGGAGCACACAAACGAGUGGUUGAGCAGCUGAGGGAACAACUGGUUAUGGAGAGUCGUGACAAACAGUUCUUAAUCAGAAAGAUAACAGAAGCUCAGAGCCGUCCUUGAAAAACACUAAAAGCCAGAAGAACUUGACUUCCUGAAAUUCCCAGAACCACUAGAUAAGAGUAGAAGCAUCUGCAGCACUUAAAAAACGAGCAGCUGACUGGCACCCUGGCACUGCAGUCUUAGUCUUGAUUAUGCUAGUGGGCCUUGGAAGUUUCCAAGACUGGAAAUUUAGUUAAUUUAUAUUGUGUUAGACCUGUCCAGAAAAUUGUAUAGUAGGACACUUUGUUGCUGCUACAAUUUCAGGGUUGUUGGGGUUUAAGUCCCUAUUUUUUCAGGGGUUUUGGUAAAAUGGGGUCAGAACUGAAAUUCUGUUUAAUAACUUUGUACUGUUUUUACAAAUUAUGCUUUAAAAACGGGGGGGGGGGGGGGAAGUGUGGUUUUACAUGUUUCCAACUCACUUCUCUCUUAAAACCAGAGAUGUAUGUCAGUAUUUUGAAAUAGUGCACAGGAGAAGAAAACAUGGCAUGGGUUUGAAAUCGGUUUUCUAAAUAUUUUCAGAGAAGAGAUUUUGAUACUUACUUUGCUCUGAAAUAGCGAGUGCAGUUGAACACUGGAUAACUUUGCAACAUGGUUCAGAGAAAACAAGCUGAUAAAAGAGCUGUGAAUAAACCCUGAGAUAUAGGAAGAGACCACCAGUCGGGUCACCGGGCGGUGCACGUCUGUCACAGGGAAAGCCAUUGCUCGGGUACCAGCCUCACUGCUGUGGAGUAGCUUUUUUUUUAUUUCAUUUUUUUAAUUUAAAUGUGUUAAGGCAUUAUUACUUGUGUUUUAUUCUUGUACAAACGUCUUGACUACUGUUCUCUUUGUUCUAAAAUGUGAACGUUAGAGAGUUUAGUUAUAGUUUGGAAACGCAGCAUCCAGAAACUUAUGUGUCAGUACCAUUUAAAUUCACGUUUGUUCUCGCUUAAAUUAAAUGAUGGAGCUGUGUGUCUUGGAGGGAACAGUAUUUCUCAGUAAACUGCUGUUUCCUUUAGUUAAAGAUCGUUCUUAAGGAUUUUCUGUGCAGAACUGUAUUACUUGAAAUGUGCCAGUAGCACACCGCUAGCUAGUAUGUGAGGCUAUUCUUUUUACAUCGUGUUUCGGAAUG